AGAAGUCCAGUGGCAAGCAUCUCGCUAACGGCAUCCAUGAAGUUUAUGUUGCUCUAACUGCAAGGAUGUUUCUACCACUGGUGGUUUUUCUCAGCACCACUGUGCUUCACUCUGUGUCAGCUGGAGGUGUGUAUUGUGCUAAAACAGCAAGAGCCCGUGCUGCUGCCUUGGGUUUGAAUUACCCUGGAGUGUAUGGAGCCCCUGAUCUUCAUGUUCCUCACCAUGCAAGGCGCCCAAGCACAAAGCCAUUAAGACCCCAUUUAUAUAAAAAUACUCAUCUUGAACCAGCUGAGAGUGACUCUCACAUGGCCUACUACAAACGAUAUUAUCCAGGGGUGAGAUUCUUGGACAACAGGAGACAUGAACACGCUCGCCUCAGGGCUCCUGAAUUCCCAUUUCAGCCGAGCUAUGGCACUUAUAACCCAAUUCAACAUGAAUACGCCAGCAAACAAGCGUUCGCCCUUCCCAAAGGACAGUUAGUCAGAAACCACAAGUCUUAUUUUGAGGGGGUCAAGCAUGUUUCCCCACCAAAAUGGGCAGAAGGCCCUAGCCAGUCCGACCAUGUGAACUGGAAUCAUCGAGGUCACACUGGGCCGCGAUCAUUUGGCUACAAUGAGCACGGCCUUGUUGAUGUCCCAAACAGAUAUUCCAUGCCUGUGAGUGGACACUCCCCACCUUGGAGCAACAGUCAUGGUGCUCACCAGAGGGGUCUAACUGGAAGAGACUUGGGAAGAGAAGUUCCUGUCCUUGCUUCAUCUCAUUUCAUCAAAGGCCACGGUGGAGCGAUGACUAGCCAAGAUCCUGUGUCUGCUAGAUGGUUGAGGUUUAGGUUUCCUGGGCAUCCUGCUCAGCCCCUACACAGAAACCUUGGUGUCAAACAGUUUAUUCAAGGUAACCCACCCUUUUCUUAGAUGUCUGAAAGUUAGUGACAGAGCUCAGUUGUCUUCUCAAAUUGAGUACCUAUAAGGAGUUAAAGUUAACAGGGAAGCAUUUUGUAAAGAAACUUUUUUUUACUGUACAACUUGUUUUUCCUCAACCUGUAACUCUGAAACAAGUCGCAUUAUGUAUUUGCCCUUGAAUAAAAAAUUUACUAACAUAA